AUGCGCCUUCAGGGAUCUCUAGUUAUUGAAUUUAAGAACGACGAUGAGACAUGCACAGAUGAGGAUGUAGACGAUAGUGAGAGUGAUUGUGAUGAUGUAAUAGUCACGGAAGACUUUGACGAGGAGGAAUCUGUGCUGUUACUAGAUUCAGCAGUCAGUAAUUGGGCGUUGUUGUUUGUGGACAAUUACAAUGUGCAAGACCACAUUGCUAAAUGCAAGCGAUUAUAUAAGUGA